AUGAAAAAAAAAUUCAAAACAUGGGAAGAAGCUACUGCACUGCGAGAAGUCAAAGCACUAAAGAAGUUACCGCACCCGAAUAUAAUCAAAUUAAGAGAGGUGAUUCGAGAGAACGACGUUUUGUACUUCGUCUUCGAAUACAUGCAAGAAAAUCUAUACGAGUUAAUGAAAGACAGAGAUCGCUACUUCCCAGAAAGCGUCAUUCGAAACAUCAUCUACCAAAUUUUACAAGGACUCGCAUUUAUGCAUAGAAACGGGUAUUUUCAUCGCGAUAUGAAACCAGAAAACAUUAUGUGCAACGGAACAGAAUUGGUGAAGAUUGCAGAUUUUGGUCUUGCCAGAGAAGUUCGAUCAAAACCGCCCUACACAGAUUACGUCUCAACAAGAUGGUAUCGAGCUCCUGAAAUUCUCCUACGAUCAACUUCCUAUAACUCUCCGAUUGACAUUUGGGCACUUGGUUGUAUCAUGGCAGAACUGUAUAUGCUGCGACCGUUAUUCCCUGGCACAAGUGAACUCGAUCAGUUAUUUAAAAUAGUGACUAUAAUGGGGACUCCAAGCAAGGAAGAUUGGCCAGAAGGCUACCAACUUGCAACAGCAAUGAAUUUUCGCUUCCCGCAAGCACCACCAACACCAAUGGAAACAAUAGUGAACACUAUAGGGAAAGAUGGUAUGAAAUUAAUGAUGGAUAUGAUGAUGUGGAAUCCAGAAAAGAGACCAAGUGCGAGUCAAAGCCUUAAAUAUAAAUACUUCAUGGUUAAUGAAAAACUAGGGGCACCUGUAAUGAGCCAACCGGCACCUGGAAGCGUAAGGAAAACAAGUGCGGGCAGUACUCAAAGCGACACCAAGGCGAUACGUGUAAAGCAAAAGGCAAACGCAAAAGAAUAUCCUGGUUCGGAGAACGUAUCACCGCAAGGGAAACCAAUCGAAAGACAUGUGAAUAGAAAUAUCCCACUGAACAAGUCAAAUCUCUUCGAUAAGUUGGACGAAAGCACAGCAAAACUCGAGAAAAUCGAUGCGACGAAGAACAAAUCGAGCGAGAAAAAGCCAGCAAAAGAAAUCUAUUUGUCGAAAUCAAGAUUCAUACCAGGUGUAGUACCGAAAGAAGGUGGUGGGAACAAUUCGUUAGCGGUUGGCGGGAACGCACCGAGUGCUAAGAAUCGAUCUUCAGUACAAGCGAGGUUCGAAUACGCAUACGGGUAUGUGCCGAACUUUGGCGCAAGGACGUUGAGCAAUGCAGUAAAACCGCAGAACACGGGACGAAUUGAUUGGACGGCAAAGUAUUUUCGCUGUUUGAAACCGAUAGUUAUACUACAUAGUCAGCACAGAGUUAGUUCAAAGAUUAAUCUUUAUUUUAUUUUCGAAUACUUACGUGAACAAAAUUUGUACGGAGCACCAAAGUCUUGUACACAGAUAAGCGUAUUGUUUCCAGUGAUAAAAUUAUAA